AUGCCGCCGAGGAAAGCCCCGGCAAUGGAGAACGUGGGCGUCGUCGAUUUUCCGACGGACGUUCUGGUGGACAUCCUGUCGCAGCUCCCGACGAGCUCCCGGCGGCUUUGCCGGCUCGUGUGCCGGCGGUGGCGCGACACCAUCGACAAGCGCACGCCGGAGCGCGACGUCCGGACCAAGAUGCUCACAUUCGUCAAGGGCCUCGACAACGAGGCGUCGGCCUACGUCGUCGACGAGGCGCGGGGCCGGCACAGGCGCGUGUGGACCAGCUCCUGCUCCGUCGACGUGAUCGGCACCCGCAACGGCCUCAUCUGCGUCCUGGACGGCGGCACGGGCGCCGUCACGGUGGCCAACCCGGCGACGCGCGAGUCGCUGUCCGUGCCGCCGCCGCCGCCGCGCCAGGCGGGGCUCCUGCCGUGCUUCCCGGACGCGCGCACGCACGAGGCGUACGGGUUCGCGUUCCACCCGGCGACGCUGCGGUACGCCGUCGUGCACGUCCCGUGCUACUUCAACAAGUCCGGCACGUUCGACGCCGUGCAGGUGUACACCCUCGGCCGCGGCGGGCGCGGCGCGCCGCCGUCGUGGCGGAGCGUGCCUACCCCAGGCGCCAGCGGCCGUUUCCAGCCGGGAGGGGUCGCCUGCGUCGACGGCGUGGCGUACUGGAUCACCGCCGGGACGCCGGCGGCGAUCAUGUCGCUCGAUCUCAAGGACAACCGCGUCGCGCCCGUCAAGUGGUCGCCGGAGACGCCGGGGCGCGGGUGCAGGUGCAGCUACCGCCUGACGGAGAUGCGCGGGAGGCUCUGCGUCGCGGUCACCGUGGAAGAGACGGAGAAGCCAACUAAAAGGGUGGAGGUGUGGUGGAUGGAGAGCACAAGAGAUCAACGGUGGACUCGCAGAUACAACAUAAUGCUAGAAACGCCCAAGCAGCACGUGAUGUGGCCGCUGUUUGCACACGGGGAGAAUGUCCUAACAGUGGCGCAGGUGUUCAAGGAGUAUAACCUGCACAAGCACAAGGUGAGCGACAAGAGGAGCUCGCAGUGCAGCAUGGUGAAGAUAUGGAAGAAGAAGCCGGGAGUGGAGAUCAUGAACUACGGCGUCGCUGACCACACCGGGAUCAGUACCUUCGCCUACAUGGAGACUUCAGAACCACUCGAGAUUUAUAAAUAG